AUGGCGGACACCACCACAGCAAGGGCAGAAGCCGACCAGCCCGAAAAGUCACCCUCCCCCCCUCUGCCUCAAUCGGGACACCGCUCGCGAUCAGGAUCGGGCGGACGGCAGACACCACCACAGCAGGACUUUGAAGCGGAGAACGUGGUCGAGGCCGACACGGAAGAUGACGGCGCGUCGUCGCGGGCGGGGGACGAGGUAUGGGACGAAGGGUUCGACGGCAGCAGCAUCGGCAACCACUCGGCCUCGACGUCGCUAUCCAACAGCGUGCGCGACUACGUCUUUGAGAACACCCGGCGGUAUCACAAGUACAUGGAGGGCCGGUACCUGAUGCCCAACGACGAGCCGGAGCAGGAGCGCGAGGAUAUGAAGCAUGCCAUGUGCGUCAAUGUCAUGGAUGGAAAGCUUCAUUGCGCGCCGUUGGAGAAUCCGCAAAAGAUUAUUGAUAUUGGUACGGGGACGGGGAUCUGGGCUAUUGAUAUGGGCGAUGAGUACCCAGAAGCAGACAUAUCCGGCAUCGACCUGAGCCCAAUCCAACCAACCUGGGUACCCCCCAACGUCCGCUUCGUCGUCGACGAUGCAGAGGCAGAAUGGGUCUGGCCACCAUCCUCCCUCGACUUCGUGCACGCGCGGCACAUGUGCAUGGCCGUCAAGAACUGGCCGCGCAUGCUCUCCCAAGCUUUCACCGCGCUGAAGCCGGGUGGCUGGGUCGAGCUGCAGGAGUUGCGGUUCGUCCUGCAGUGCGACGACGGAACGAUGCCCGGGCCCGAGGAGUACGGCUACGGCAAGUUUGUGGACCUCUGCAUGUCCGGGUUCCGGAGCUUCGGCAUCAACCCGCUGGCGAUGGAGAGGAACUCGGAGAUGCUCCGCGAGAGUGGGUUUGAGAAUGUUGUUGAAAAGGUGUGGAAGGUGCCCAUCGGGACGUGGCCGCGGGACCAGAAGCUCAAGACGAUUGGGUUGUAUAACCGCAGCAUGCUCAUUGAUGCGCUUCAGGCCGUGAGCAUGGCGCCGUUGACAAGGGGGCUCAAAUGGAGUCCUGCUGAGGUGGAGGUGUUUUUGAUUGAUGUGCGGAAGAGCCUGAUGAAUGUGUCGAUACACUCGUACCUGACGUUCCAUGUGGUGUUCGGGCAGAAGCCUUAUGAUGGCUACUAG